AUGGAAUAUGUCCAUCUUUUGGGGGGUGCCUUGAAUACAUUCAAAUUGAAUUUCGGUCAUAUUCGGCUCAAUGUCCUUAUCAGUUAUAAGCCCCGUUUGACCAAUACCAAUUUCAGAUCAGGGGUUGGGUUCGGUUCGGUUGAAAAUAUCAAUCAAGAAUAUACUUUCGCGCACUGUACAAAUAUCGAAUCCCUUCAGAGCGGGAGUAAGAUGUUCUUUUAA